AUUCCCGGACGCAGACACCCUUUGACCUUUUCAGCGGUAUACUAUACGCAUAUAAGUACCUACAUACCCACAUAUGUACAUAUGUAUCCAGAAACACCCACGCAUGCAAUCGGCGGAUUGUGCGAAAAUCUUUUGACCCUGUUCAGUGUCACGCAGGGGAAAAAUCAAUGACUCAAUGACUGCCAAACUUUUGCGAAGCGAGCCAACUCUGCACUUUCCCCACCCGUGACGUCAAUGGGACUGAUUGGUCUGCUACUGCGUCAGCUGAUCAAAUUUGCCUAUAAGCUGAAGGGGUUUUUUGUCAUUACCUAUUCCUGCCACGGCGGAAGUUUCCAAAUCCCUCCUUCAUUGUCCGAAAACUAACCUUUCACAAGCCCCUGUCUUCGCAUAAGCAAUUGCCACACUACGAGAAACAAUGGUAUUGAACGCACCAAAUGGGGUACUGUAACGUAUGGACAAACAAAGUAGCGUCUACAUUUUAAAAGUAUUUAAUUAGGUUCAUAUAAUUCGCUAUUUACUCUGUAGUUAGAGCAUAACUAAAGGUUUAAUUAUUUUGCCAACACUUUAAAUACACAAAAAAAAAUAAAAAACGUAGAAUGUAAAUACCUUUUGAAGGUCCAUUCCUAGCCAGAAAUUCUUAUCAUAUUUUGGGAAUAAUCAUUUUAUUUGUACAUUACUUAAUCUUUUUUUUUAAUAACCUUUAUAAAAAUGAGUCACUUUUGCAUAUGUUAACUGCAUUUUUUUAUCCGAAAAAAGCGGGCUGAAUGUUAAAUGUGAAUACCUGAUGAGAACGAAUGAUUAACUGAUACAUAUACAUAUGUAUCUCUACACAUUUAAAUAAAAUCUUAAUUGUUUACAACUAUUUAUAUAUACCAGUUGUAACAUCAGAGUUUCUUUGGCUGUAAAAGUUGCUUUCGAUUCUGAUUGAGAUUUCAUAAAAAAAAAAUCAACUAAAAGUAUUUCUUGCAGUGCUCAAUUCGUGUGUAUCGCUUGUUCGUUCAUUACUUUCAUCAUGCAUUACCAAUGCUCUGAUACCUUGUGUUUAUUACGCUCCAGGUCACGUUUGGCAUCAGCAAACUCCAUCACAUGCGUUGCCUCAGUGCUUACGGUUUGGCCGGCACUGGAGUUAUCUGCCUUAACUGUAAUCUCAAGGGUUUCUUUGUUUACAUUUUAAAGAUAGGUAUAGCGUUAGAGGCUUGGAAAAACAAAAGCAGUUCCACAAAUCGAAGAUUUAUAUGACUCAUCCGCCGUAUAACAAUUGAUUGUUGAUAAGCCAAUGGUUGCAGAUAGGCUGCGGCUCACCGCGCAUUAAAUUUCAUAGAGAUGAAUAAUAAAACACGAAAGUUGGCGAAAUGCCGCAUCUAAGGUCGUGGCGUAAAGCCUUCAACUUGAGAUACUUAGAUACCGAAUCGGACACUUAACAGCGGCCAUCUGAGCAAACAGCAACCGGAUACAUACUUUCAUGAGCGUUUCAGUUAUUUUUGAUAACUACACGUACCCAUCCGACUGACGAUGAGAAAAUAUUUACUCUUCAGGGGGCUUACUCUUGCUUUUCGGUAUAUUUACAUCUUUCCUCUGGAGCAACAUUGUUAUGUGGGCUGCCAUAAAUCCGAGAAUUGUUAAUGCAGCUGUCAUCUAUCCGCACACAGGUUGCAAAUCAAAUCAAGCGAAGCUCCCUUAUCUAUUUUGGCCAGCUUAUCAUGAUGAGCGGACACACACACACCUGCUAAACGCACUUGAAAUACUUUUAGAUGUUUGAGAUAUCUCUGAAUUCCCCCCACUCGUGAUCCUUGGGAAUCGUUGCUUUGCUCUUGACGUUUCACAAAUCAUUCCGAACUUGUGGAGUAUUUAUUUCUGACGCACACACCUUUCCCCACAUUGCUCAUUUCCAAUGAGAGCGCUUCCGGAGGAAACUGUCCGAGUGGUGAAGGCGUCUGCGAGAUUCAAAUGCAAUGCCCCAAGCAGACGGCACAGAUCCUGAAAACGAUUCCAGUUACUCCGUUGAUACCGAUUCCCAGGAAUCAUCCACACCGCGCACCUAUGCAAUUAAAGAAGCGGAGGACGAUGUUCCAGAGACUCUGUACAACAAUCCAACUGCCAACAAUCGUGCUACCUCCUCCGUGCUAAACAUCCAGCCUGGCCCCUUCAACAAGCUUAACGAACGUACUCUGUCCUCAUUGGGCUUCUCGUCAGCCAGUUCGAUCAAGACACGGGAAAUCCGCAAAUCACUGGCGGAGAAAUCCAAUUUGUACCAGGAACUUGUACAACUUGUGCGGCGACGAGUCAAGCCCAAUUCGAUGAUCAACAUCGGAAAGAGCCAGCAUCCUGUGCAUCUAAUGGUGCUUCAGAGCUUCUCGCGAACGUUUCGUGAUGUCAGCAACGAGUUGAUCGUGGAUCUGGCCGAGGAGAAGGUGACGCCGCGCGCCUUCAGCCUAAUCUACGACUGGAUGAUCGAAGACACACCGAUUCUGCCGCGCCUCGGUUUGCUUGAGGUGUUCCAGGCUGCCAGUUUCUUGCAGAUUCCGCAGCUGGUCAGUCAGUGCCAGUAUUGUCUGGAUAAUGGCAUCAAGGAGGCGUCUGCAGUGAUGCUGUAUUUGGAGGCUAGGAUCCUGAAACUGGAGCAGAAUUACCGUCAUUUUCUCAUGCGUAUUUCCAAGUUCUUCCUCACGCUGGUGGCCUCCAAAGAGUUCCUGCGACUGCGGCUAAACGCCCUGCUCAUGCUGAUCACGUCAAGCGAUAUUGGUGUUAAUACUGAGCUGGAGGUGUUCAUGGCAGCCGUACGAUGGCUAAAUCACCAGUGGCCCCAGCGACAGGGAAACAUAGUAGCAGUUGCCACCAGCAUACGUUACGGUCUGAUCCCGCCGUGGUUGCUCAUCCGUUUGCAGAAGCCCGACAUCACCGCUGUGGAGGUGAGGAGAAUCGUAACGGAGUCAGAGGUGCGCCAAGCCAUUCAUGACGGCAUCGCCUACACCACCACGCGACUCUUCUAUGGAGCUGAUCGCGAGGCCUUCAAAAAUCACUUGCACAAGACUAGCGCCCAGCCGCCGAAACAGCGGAUUUGGGUGUACGAUCGGAAGUGUCGCUAUCACCAUCGCUUGCACUGCACGCUCACGCUGGACCUGACCUACGAAACGUUCGUGGAGUACCUAAACUAUCUGCAGAAUCAGAAACGGGACUAUUGGCAUUCCAUGGAACCCGCGGAGGCCAGCAAUGUGUGCUUCAGCUGCCAGGAUUCGGUCAAUGAAUCGGUUAUAAACCAAUGACCUUUGACCUAAGAUUUUGUUUGUAAAAAUUGUGAAAUAUAUCUUGAUACUUAUAUCUUAUAUUUUAGGUAUUGAAAAAAUAAUUUGGCCAUGUAACUUUAAAUGUGUGCUAGAAAUUAAAACUUUUUUUUUUAAAUAUUGAAAACCAAAAUCCAUAAAAUAUCCCGUGUAUUUCCAACUACCAGCUAC